AGGAGCUGAAAGGCAUUAUGGGGGAUUGUAGGCAGGUAGGAAUCCCCUCAGUCAGCCAAGCGCUAAUACCUCAGCGGUGCAGACACAGACACGCUGUUGGAUGACGGCACAGCCUUAGUGAGGAUUUGCCGUGUAUUAACCCUGAGAAGGAGCUGAGCGCCAGCUGGAGAGCAAGGUGGACGUGAACCGGAGAACAAACAAACCGCCCUGCUGAAGCCAAGCAGCAAAGACGUAGAAAAUGUAGUCGUACCAUUUUGGCAAGGCUUAGGUUGAGCUGCUCGGGGACGGCGGGGCAGAGCGGAAUGGGGCACCCCAACGUGCCCCCCUCCUUCAAACAUGCACGGACCCACAGGAAUAAACACGUAUCCAGUCGCCUGCAACCCUUCACACAGAAUGAUAACUUGAACAAUGCGCUGGGUGCGAUCAGAGUCCUGGGUGUGGAGCUGAUUGAAGAUGAACUGAAACCCCACCUGAACACCGUGCUGAGCAACAUAAAAGAGAAGAAGAAAGGCGCUGCUGAGCAGGUGGUGAUCAGCGGCAUCCUGCCCAUCCUGGCCCUUUCUCUGAGGAGCCGGGGGCCUCUGGCUCUGCUGACCGCCAGGCUGGUGGCCGAGCUGGCCAAGGAGUCUGUGGUCCGUAAAGGUUUCCCUGACGCCGGCCUGGUCCCGGCUCUGCUGUCCGUGCUGACCAGCACCAACGAGGAGCUGCUGGUUCUCGCUGCACGAGCCAUCUCUCGCAUGUCCUACGAGAGCUCCAGGCUGCAGGAGCUUCUGCUCCGCCGAGGAGCGGUGCCUCGUCUGGUGGCCAUCCUGCUGCGUUUCCCGGCCCAGGAGGCCCUGGAGGAGGCGUGUCUGCAGGCCCUGUGCAACCUGAGCGGCAUGGGCGUGGCCGAGGAGGCCGGCAUGGUGUGGGAGCGCGGGGCCACCGUGAGGCCCGGGGAGUCCCUGUUCCACGGCGUCUCCCCCCACACCUGCGGCUUCGCCUCGGCGGUGACGCUGGUGCGCGUGUCCCAGUGGGGGCCGGGCCAGGUGGUCGUCAGCAUCGAGGACUUCCAGCGCUGCUCCUCCUCCUUCUGGAACCUCCACGGGAACAAACGCGCCUCCGGCUGGUUCCCCUCCUUACAUCUGGGCAGCUGUGCAAAUGUGUUCAAGGUAGUUAGGUUUUCCACCAGGAACAUUCCUCGGAAGAAGAGCUUGAAGACUCGCGUGUUCCACACUUUCCUAUGACACCUUGUGAACAUGACUGAACAUGACGGGCUACGACACCUAUGAUGGUGUACGGUCCAUUUUACCCCGGAAGUCCCACAUCAGACCCGGCGUCAGCAUCAUGGGGUUUGUUCACCGAACAGAUCAGGGGCCGGAUUCACCAAUAUGUUCUUAAGAACGAUCUUAAGAAAUGUCUUAAGAUCUAAAAUUAAGAAGUUCAUAAGAAA